AUGAGAAUCUGUGGUAAUUACAAGCUAACUGCAAACAAAGUCCUAAAGGUAGAACAGUACCCCCUGCCGACUCUGGAAGACCUCCUACAGGAACUUGAAGGUGGAAAAAAAUUCACCAAGCUAUAUUUAAGCCACGCCUAUCAUCAGAUAGAAAUAGAUCUGGAAGCCCGCAAGUACACAACAAUCAACACACAUAGAGGACUCUUUGAGUAUACAAGACUACCUUUUGGGAUAGCUAGCGCUCCAGCUAUGUUUCAGAGGACUAUGGAGAGCCUCUUGGCAGACAUCCCUAUGUGCAAGCCAUAUCUUUAUGACAUAAUUAUCAGUGGCAAGACUGAUGAAGAUCAUCUGAGAAAUCUGGAAGCGGUUCUUUCAAGACUAGAAAGCAAUGAUUUACGCUUGAAGAAGGAGAAGUGCGAACUGAUGAAAGACUCAGUUGACUACCUUGGUCAUCGCCUUGACAUGAAAGGUCUCCGGCCUCUUCAAGACAAACUUGAUGCCAUACGCCAGGCAGAACGCCCAGUGAAUCAAAGCCAACUCCAGGCUUAUCUUGGUUUACUUGGAUAUUACCGCAAGUUUAUACCCAAUCUAUCCCAGGAGAUCGUACACUUGACUGAAAUGCUGAAAGCAGAAUUCAGAUCAAACUCCAGUGGAAAGAGAAGCAGCCAGCCUGACCCUAAGUUCAACAUCCUGACGCAUUAUGAUCCAGCCAAACCUAUUCUGCUACAGACAGAUGCCAGCCCAUAUGGAUUAGGUGCGGUGAUAAGCCAUGUGGAAUCGGACGGACACGAACACCCUAUAGCAUUUGCUUCACGCACCCUCAAACCAAGUGAAGUCAACUAUGCACAGCAUGAGAAAGAGAGUCUGUCGAUAAUCUUCGGACUGAAGAAAUUCCACAAGCAACUUCAUGGAAGGUCAUUUACGAUUGUGACAGACCACAAGCCAUUGAUGGGACUCUUUGGAGACCACAAACCAGCGAGCACGAUGGCCUCAGCUCGUGUUGCAAGAUGGCACAUGAUCUUGUCGGCAUACAGCUACAGGAUAGUACAUCGUGAAGGAAAGAAGCACCAAAACGCAGAUGCGUUGUCUCGCCUACCACUCCAAGGAGAAGACACUUCAUGGAAUCAUCCAGAACUCGCAGAGCUAGAUGAAGCACCAAUGCCCCGAAUCAACAUGCUGACUGACCUUGAAAUACGCCCUGUUGAUGCACAUGAGGUGAAACGUGCCACCAAGAAAGACAGAGUAUUGCCCAAAGUAAAGCAUCAUAUCCUGAAUGGAUGGCCAGCAACAAGAAAUCUGCCAGAUGAACUGAAGCCCUUCUCAAGUAAGAAGGACGAGUUGUCAAUAGAAGAUUACAUAAUCCUCUGGGGUUCCAGAGUGAUCAUCCCUGAUAACCUACAAAUGAAGGAGAGAAUCCUGAAUGAGUUACAUAGUACGCACCCAUGGAUCGUGAAAAUGAAGUCACUAGCCAGGUCGUACGUAUGGUGGCCCAAUAUAGACAACCAGUUGGAACAGCACGUGAGAUGUUGUGAAAGCUGUCAACAGAAUCAGCACAGCCCAGCAGCAGUACUCAUACACCCGUGGGAGUUUCCUGAGAAGCCGUGGAGUAGGAUCCAUUGUGAUUAUGCCUCCAUUGGUGACGAGAAUAUCUUGAUCGUCGUAGAUGCGCACAGUAAAUGGCUCGAAGCUAUUAGUGUGAAGCGAGCCACAGCCAAUGCCACAGUGAUUGCCCUUGGACGGUUGUUUGCAACACAUGGAUUACCAGAGACCGUGGUGACAGACAGUGGCACACAAUUUGUUUCAGAAGAGUUUGCCACUCUGAUGAACAACAACAACAUUUGCCAUAUCCAGACAGCACCCAAGCACCCAGCCAGCAAUGGACUUGCGGAGAGAGGUGUACAAACUGUCAAAACAGCAAUGAAGAAGGGACAAGGAAGUGUCUUGGAAAAGAAACUUCAAAGGUUUUUGUUGACCUACAGAGUCACUCCACAGGAAACAACAGGAAAGACGCCCAGUAAACUGAUGUUCAAGAGGAAAGUCCGCACAAGACUCGACAAUUUGCGUCCAGAUCUGAGCAAAUCGGCUAGACGGAAACAGUCUACCAUGAAUAAAACAGGAGAUCGAGGAAGCAAAGAAAGGGUCUUUGCUGUAAAUGAUCAAGUGAUGGUCAAAAACUUCAGCUCAGGUACAACAUGGCUUUAUGGAACAGUAUUUGAAGUUAUCAAUGAAGUCAUGUACAAUGUACAACUAACAGAUGGUAGAGUUGUCCGCCGUCAUAUUGACCAGAUGAGGAAGUAUUUUCCAUCCAGUGAACAUGCCAACAGUGAGAGGAAGGAGUUCCAACCUCCAGAAGAACCUCCAGAGGAACCACCAGUUGUGUUCCUUAUGCCUGACAUUAAUCCAGAGCCAGAGAAUGCUCCAGAAAGUGAAACAACACAAACAAAUGAAGAAAAUACAAAAGAAACAAAACAAAAUAUGCCACAAAACAUAGACACAAAACCAGAAAGACGAAUGUCUCGUAGAAAUGUGAGCACACCAACAAGAUUUCAGGAUUAUGUGGUGUAUUUCUGCAAGUAA